UGUCACAUUAUGACACUUGACAUUCGAAGGUUGACACAAAUUCAGCACCUCCCAUGUAUGAUCCAGUUAGAAUUUUUAUUAAUUUCAAAUUAAUCUUUUAUUGAAUAUUUAAAAUGAUAUUACUGGAAAUAAAUAACAGGGUAGUUGAGGAAACGCUUACUGUUAAAAUAAAAAAUUCACAGGCUGGGUUAAAAAACGAAAGCAUUGACAUAACUGUGGCAGAUUUUGAUGGUGUUUUAUACCAUAUCUCAAAUUUAAAUGGUGAUAAAUCAAAAAUAAGAACUAGUAUUUCAUUGAAGUUUUACAAACAAUUACAAGAACAUGGUGCAGAUGAGCUGCUCAAACGGGAAUAUGGCUCAUAUUUAAUUUCUCCUGAACCUGGCUACAAUGUUUCUGUUUUAUUAGAUUUAGAUAACAUUCCUCAGGACUGGUUAACAUUUGUUAAAAAGUUAGGAUUGUUGAAGAGGAAUUGUUUUGCUUCAGUAUUCGAGAAGUACUUUGACUUUCAAGAGAAAGGAGAUGAAGGUCAGAAAAGGGCUGUGAUUCCAUAUAGAGACGAUGAAACACUGUACGUAGAGGCGAAAGCGGACCGAGUGACAGUGGUGUUCUCAACAAGAUUCCGAGAUGAUGACGACGUCGUCCUCGGCAAAGUUUUCAUGCAAGAGCUCAAAGAGGGCCUUCGGGCGUCUCACACCGCCCCGCCGGUUCUGUUCAGCCAUCGAGAGCCGCCGCUCGAACUGCAGAACACUGACGCCAAAGUAGACAACAACGUCGGUUAUGUGACGUUCGUUCUCUUUCCGAGACACACCGCUAGAAGUACACGCGACAACACGAUCAACCUCAUCCACAUGUUCCGACACUAUCUGCACUACCACAUCAAGUGCUCCAAGGCGUACAUUCAUAGCAGGAUGCGGGCAAAGUCUUCCGAUUUCUUGAAAGUGCUCAACAGGGCUCGACCCGAGAACAAGUCGACCGAUAAAAAGACUAUUAGUGGAAGAAUAUUUGUGAGAAGAGAUUAAUGAGGGAUAACCUAGUGAAUGAUUGACUUAAAACAAGGACUAAAAUCAACUGCCGAGGUUACUUCGACCUAUCCUAUAAAAUCCAACUGUUUGAUUCUUCUCUAAUAUUUAUUUUCAGUUCAGAAUAAGUGUGGAUAUCAAGUCUUUAUAUUUCAACAGUUGUAUUUAUUUCAUUAUGACUCUUCCCAUUUGUCUUGUAAUAUUUAUUUAUAAUGCAAUAUCAACCAAUGCAUUUUUUUAAAUUAGGUUGUGCAUUUUCAGUGUUGGCUUCGAAUUGGACAGUUUUGUUUUAUAAAUGUUCACGAUUAUUGAAUAUUAUCACAAUUCCUUGAAGAAAACACUACGGAGGAGCUGCAAUAUCAGCUGUAUUGUAUAUAUCAAAGUUUCUGAACUGUGCUUCCUCGAAAAUCGUGGGUGAGCACUUGUUUGAAAAAUUGUAUAUUUAAAUUAUUAAUAAAUACACUUUGUAUGUUUUA